CUUAUAAAUCCUACUGCUCGACUCUUCUGAUGUGUUCUGUUCUCUUCUAUUUUCUGAACGAUGGCGUCUCUCUCACACCUCAACAAACUUCUAUGCGUUCCACCGCUCAACUCUUCAGCCUCUGUUUUGCCACCACGCUCGCUUGGGAUUUGGACCAAGCCCGUCGGAAGGCCGAGGAUGGUCGCCGAAUUAGCGACUUCAGCGUGGCGUGUCCGAGCGGUGACGAGCGAAGACGAGUGGGGCACGGAGAAGGAGGAGAAGGAGGAGGCGUACGGCGGUGGCGUGGCGGUGGAGGAGAAAGUGGCGGUGGAGCCGGAGACAGAGAACCUGAAGAAGGCUUUGGUGGGUUCGUUCUACGGCACGAAUCGUGGACUGAAGGCAACGAGCGAAACCAGAGCGGAGAUCGUGGAAUUGAUCACUCAGCUUGAGGCCAAGAACCCUACCCCUGCUCCAACCGACGCCUUGACUCUCCUCAACGGAAAAUGGAUUCUCGCGUAUACAUCCUUUGCAGGUUUAUUUCCGUUGUUGUCAAGUGGAACACUUCCGUUGGUCAAGGUGGAGGAAAUAUCUCAGACUAUCGACUCGGAAAAUUUCACUGUCCAAAACUCUGUUCAGUUCGCUGGUCCUUUGGCCACCACCUCAAUUAGUACAAACGCCAAAUUCGAUGUCCGAAGUCCAAAACGUGUUCAGAUCAAAUUUGAUGAAGGCAUCAUUGGCACACCACAGCUUACAGACUCGCUAGAGAUACCAGAAAAUGUGGAGUUUCUGGGUCAAAAGAUUGACCUUACACCUUUCAAAGGCAUCUUCACCUCUGUUCAAGACACAGCCUCAUCGGUUGCGAAAACAAUUUCAAGCCAGCCUCCCUUGAAGAUCCCAAUUUCCAAUAGCAAUGCUCAGUCCUGGUUACUCACUACAUACCUUGACCAAGAAUUGCGUAUCUCAAGGGCUGAUGGUGGCAGUGUCUUUGUUCUCAUCAAAGAAGGAAGCUCUCUUUUAACAAUUUAAACAGAUUAAACUACUUUACUUCGGAUUAAUAUCCAGUUAAUGUUCCUAAAUAAGUAAAGGAUCUGAGCUAUAUAUACAAUGAUUAUGAAUACAUAU